GGCCAAGCAGGUUAUUUCCACCUGAACCCCUGGCUUACCCGCUUGCGCAGAGUCUGAAGGUGUGAAAGGUUCUAGCCAGGUGCAUGCGAAAGGAUCGAGCGCCCGGAUUCCCCGCGAAAAAUAUAUCAAGUUGAAAAUCACCCGCCCUCCCCGAUGUUUUUUGUCACAUCCUGAUCCUCAGACUCACACCAAACACGGUCGUUGCCUGCCACUCCUUUGAGCAUUUCUGCUCGGUACAUUCUCUUGUCGCCUCUGACUACCACGUUCAUUGUUCGACUGUCAACGAUUUCGCGCUCAGGUUAGCCGCAUCUGCUUUUACUCCUCGAUACCCUACAAGCAAGCGCAACGCACAUCCUUAACCUGCAAUCUACAACGAACAUCAACAUGUCUGCCUCUGUCAAGUUUACCGGCCUUUUGGCCCUCGCUUCCGCUGUUGCGGCUGUUCCCCACUACCAGCACGAGAAGUUCCACCACAGGGCUGCCUACCCAGUCAACGGAUGGGGUAACUCCAACACCACUGCCAUGGCUCAGGCUACCGGUACCGGUGCCUACCCCGGCGAACAGACUACCACCAUCGACACCACUUCGACCUCCACCACCACUCAGUACUCGACCGUCUACCUCCAGCCUUCCGGUCUUGCGGGAGGCAACAAGCAGGUCGAGGCCGCUGAUGCCUCCACUGGUGUCUGUGGCGCAACCGUCACUGUGACUGCUUCCGAGAAGGUCACUGUCACCGUCACUCCCGGAGGCGGUGCUGCUGCCCCCACCUCAUCUGCCGCUGGCAAUGGAUACGGAGCCCCUUCUUCAGUCAUGGCCGUCGCCGAGUCAAGCUCCACGGUCGCUGAGUACCCUGCCGUUACUCCUGUCGAGAAGCCCACUUCCUCCGCUGUCAAGAGCACCGUCGAGACUCCCGUAGCUGAGGCCACCACAUCUCCUGCUGCCGAGUACCCCGCCGCUCCUCCUGCUGCUUCGUCCACCAAGUCUGCUGCUGAGUACCCUGCCGUUCCUGAGGCCCCCACCUCCAAGACCCCCGAGAUCACCGCUUCCGCUCCCCAGAAGCCCGUCGAGUCAGCCAGCUCCGUCGCUUCUUCCGCUGCUCCUUCCCCCACUGCUGGCAACAGCUACAGUGGCGUCAAGCGUGGUCUCGCCUACAACGAGGCUCACCUCUGCACCACCUUCGGCAGCAAGUUUGGCUUCGGUUACAACUGGGGACAGGUUGAGAGCAACGACAUUGGCACCUCUUUCGUUCCCAUGAUGCACGGUCCCAGCAAGUCCACCGCCGACGAGUGGCUCGCCAACGUCGACACGGCCGUCAAGAAGGGUACCACCGCCGUCAUGGGAUUCAACGAGUGCGACCACUCCGACCAGUGCAACCUGAGCCCCGAAGCCGCCUGCUCCGCCUGGAAGCAAUACAUGAACCCCGUCAAGCAAGCCCACCCCGAAGUCACCAUUGUCGGACCCUCCGUUACUAACGGCCCUGCGCCCAUGGGUCUCGACUGGCUCAGCCGCUUCAACGACUGCUGCCCCGACGCCAUCGUCGACGCAACCAACAUCCACUUCUACGACAUCUACGAUGAGCAGACCAUCGACCGCUUCCAAGCGCAGGUCGAGAAGGCCGCUUCCAUGGGUGGCAAGAAGGUCUGGAUCACCGAGUUCGGUCUCAACCCCGGCAGCGCCUCCGAGGAGCAAGCCGCCAGCUUCCUCAAGGACGCCAUGGCCUACCUCGACGGCUCUGACAAGGUCCAGGGCUACUCCUGGUUCAUGGUCGGUGACGGUGAGAACCAGCUUAACUCUGGCAGCGGCCUCUCGGCUGUUGGCAAGGUUUACGCUGGUGCCGCUUAAGCACCUACUUCUCUCUGUCUCUUUUUAGACGGAUGGUUUAGGCGUUUUUGUGUGGUAAAAGACUUCUCUGUUUGUUGUGUAUAUUUUUGGGUAUAUCCUUGGGACAGGCUUUGUUCUCUGGGGACAUCAUGGCAUAGAACGAACGUACAAGCACUCUGAUGCAAAACGAUCGCUUCAGCAUAUUGCUUUUUUGUUUAACUUCUAGUUACAGUUGUGUUUGAGGGGGUGUGGUGGAUUGGUGUAGCGAUGUAUAUGACGAAUAGAAGACUGUUGAUAUCA